UUUUUGUUCUCUGAAAACUACCUUAAAAAUGGAUACGGACGAAACCUUUGGUUGUUUGCCGUCGUUAAUUUGUUCAAAUGAAGAUGACUUUGAUGGGGGUGAAUCUUCUUGGUUUAACAAUCAUUUUGGAGAUGCUAAUGAAGAAUAUAAUUCAGUAAAAUUGCAUGAAUUGGUUAUUGAAUAUUUGGUAUUUAGUGGAUAUAAGGAAGCAGCCGAUUUAUUAAUAAAAGAUGCUGAACUUUCUCCUCCAUCUGAUACUAAUCAACUUAAGAAGAAUGACUUGUCUGACCAAAAAAUUCUUGAGAAUACCAAAAAUGUGGAUACUUUAAAUGAAAGAAGUGCUAUUCAUAAUUGUAUAAUAAAUGGAGAUAUUGAGACUGCUAUUCGAUUGAUUGGUGAAAUUGCUCCAAAUUUAUUAAACUCAAAUCAAAAACUUCAAUUUAAACUGUUACGACAACAAUUGGUGGAAUUAAUUCGAAAUAAAGAAGUUGACAAAGUUUUGUCAUUUGCCCAAUCAAAUCUUGCGGAUAAAUGUUCAGAUAUUCCUCAAGAAUUAUUUGCGAAGUUGGAACAAACUUAUGCACUUCUUGCUUUUGAUAACCCAGAAACUUCUCCUUUUGGAUAUCUCAUGAGUCUGAAUCAACGCAAUAUGCUUGCAUAUGAAGUCAAUGAAGCAAUUCUAUCCACCUUAAACAAACCUUCAAUUUCUCGAUUGGAAAAAUUGUUUCGAGUCAUGGUUUGGAACCAUCAUCAGCAGAAAACAAAGGAUGAUGGACGCUUAUUGACCAAAGAAAAUGCUGAAGAUAUUUCAAAAAUUUUAUUUGGAAUAAGAGAAGAUGAUGGAAUGAAUGAAUUACUUUGA